GGCGCGGGGCCACCGCGGCGGCGGCGAUGGCGGCCGCCCCCGGUACCACGUAGAACGCCCCCGCCCGCCCAGCCGCGGCCCAGGCCCGAGCGGAGCCUGCAGCUCUCCACUCGCCUUCCGAGCCCAGCGCGUCGCCUCCUGGCCGGAGAAGGAGGAGGUGGUGGUGGAGGAGGAGGAGGAGGGAAGGAGGAGGCGCCGCCUUCUUGCCGCGCGCCCUCGCCGUUGUCUGCGCUCCGCUCAGGACCAGUUUGGGGAAGUUGCCGGAGCCCCGCGUCGCCCAGAUGUGCGACCUCAUUGAGUCGCAGCCGGCCGAGAAGAUCGGCAAGAUGAAGAAGUUGCGGAGAACUUUGUCGGAGAGUUUCAGCCGCAUUGCUUUGAAGAAAGACGACACCACCUUUGAUGAGAUAUGUGUCACAAAGAUGUCUACACGGAACUGCCAGGGAAUGGACUCAGUGAUCAAACCCCUGGACACAAUUCCUGAGGAUAAAAAAGUCAGGGUUCAGAGGACACAGAGCACUUUCGACCCAUUUGAGAAACCAGCUAAUCAAGUAAAGAGGGUGCAUUCGGAGAACAAUGCUUGCAUUAACUUUAAGUCCUCCUCCACUGGCAAAGAGUCUCCGAAAGUUAGGCGGCACUCCAGCCCCAGCUCGCCGACAAGUCCUAAAUUCGGAAAAGCUGACUCAUACGAAAAACUGGAAAAACUAGGGGAAGGAUCUUAUGCUACGGUAUACAAAGGGAAAAGCAAAGUAAAUGGGAAGUUGGUAGCCCUGAAGGUGAUCAGGCUGCAAGAAGAAGAAGGUACGCCUUUUACAGCUAUCAGGGAAGCUUCUCUGUUAAAAGGACUGAAACAUGCUAACAUAGUGCUGCUUCAUGACAUCAUCCACACCAAGGAGACGCUGACACUUGUGUUUGAAUAUGUGCACACUGAUUUAUGUCAGUACAUGGACAAGCACCCUGGGGGGCUGCAUCCAGAUAAUGUGAAGUUGUUUUUAUUUCAGUUGCUGCGAGGGCUGUCUUACAUCCACCAGCGUUAUAUUUUGCACAGAGACCUGAAACCACAGAACCUUCUGAUCAGUGACACGGGGGAGUUAAAGCUGGCAGAUUUCGGUCUUGCGAGAGCAAAAUCUGUCCCUAGCCACACAUACUCCAAUGAAGUGGUUACCUUGUGGUACAGACCUCCAGAUGUCCUCCUGGGCUCGACAGAAUAUUCCACCUGCCUUGACAUGUGGGGAGUCGGCUGCAUCUUUGUCGAAAUGAUCCAAGGGGUUGCUGCUUUUCCGGGAAUGAAAGACAUUCAGGAUCAGCUUGAACGAAUAUUUCUGGUUCUUGGAACGCCAAAUGAGGACACGUGGCCUGGAGUUCAUUCUUUACCACAUUUUAAGCCAGAACGCUUUACCCUGUACAGCUCUAAAAACCUUAGGCAAGCAUGGAAUAAGCUCAGCUAUGUGAAUUAUGCAGAGGAUCUGGCCUCCAAGCUCCUACAAUGUUCCCCAAAGAACAGACUAUCAGCACAGGCUGCGUUGAGCCACGAGUAUUUUAGUGACCUGCCCCCACGGCUAUGGGAACUGACCGAUAUGUCUUCUAUUUUUACCGUCCCAAAUGUAAGAUUGCAGCCAGAAGCUGGAGAAAGCAUGCGGGCCUUUGGGAAAAACAAUAGUUAUGGCAAAAGUCUAUCAAAUAGCAAACACUGAUGAGCACAGCAUUCUCAAGAAAGCACAGGAUUAAGUUGUCAUCAUUCUGGGAAGAAAAAAAAAACAUUAAUGAAGUGGCCAAUAAUACGAAGGGAAUCACGGAUCAGUUUCCUUCCCCUCCCUGUGGUGGAUUUCACUUACAAGAAAAUUGAAGCUGGCAAGACCUUGUUUUCUCAGCAAUUUAUUUAAAACCUUGCACGCAUUUGGAUACCUUGUGAUUUCCAAGAACUAUGUGAAGAUUAAGCUUUGCUUACUGAUACAUGGCAUGUAUUCUUUUCAGUCUUUUGUGUUUGAUUUUGUUUGAUUUCCCUCUGCAGCACAGCGUCUCUGUAAAGGUUUUUAUGCUUUCACCAGCCAUGUCUUAAAUACAUUAAGACAACACAUUUGGUGUUCACACUUCUUCAGUAAUGUCUGUACUUGAAAGCCACAUAGUGGCAUAAAACAAUGUGUGUUUUCUUUGACAGCAGUGCACAUUUUGCAACCACUAGGAAGGAAAUUUUUUAGCUAAAGCCAACCCCUGUUCUCAGGCUGACUUGACAACUUGGUCCCUGGCUGUGGGGCCCCUCUUGUCGCUUACCUUUUGAGGACAUUUGCAAAUGUGGUUUUUUUCUUGGAAAUAACUGCACAUGUAUAUAGGAUAUCGGAAUCUGCUUAGCAUUUUCAAGCCACAUAGCAUGACUGUUUUCCAAGUAGGUUGGAAGUAAAGAAACAAAUAUCAAGCAUUAAGAACAAAGACAGGGAUAAAUUGCUUACUUUUCAACCUCUGGAAAUUGAGGUGACUUUUUACAUGUUUUCUGGGUCUUGUCAACAUCUUAUAUUUUCCAUCCACUCUGUUAUGCUUCAGGAGCAUUUGUAAAUGGAGGAGAAAAGAAUGAGGAACAGAAUGCUUAAAACUUGGGUUCAAAAGAAUUGUAUCUGCUGGAUGAGCCCCGAAAGCCAUCUUGGCUAGUUAACAUUUAGAAAAGCAAAUUACAAAGUUAUCCAGAGUUAAAAAUGUGCUCAAUUAUACCAAAGCACCUUUAAAUUAACACUUUUUAAAACAUUCCAAGCUGAUCGGAAGACAUCAUUGGGGACCUUAACUUUAACUGGUGUCCUGGAAAAACUGUCCGAACGCAGGUUGUAGAAACAGUGCAAGAGUCUUGCUUUCAAGAUGGCAAGGGAAAAAGAAAGGCCCAGCUUCCCUUAUUAAGAAAAUGAGGGAUCUCAAAGGAUGAAGGCACGUAUGUGACAAGGAGGGAAAAGUGGACUGGGCACACACGGUGCUUUGAUGGGUAGGGCAAGCUGCCUAAUGCAGGCCUUCUCCCAGUGGGGCCGGCCUCGCUGCACAACCCCAAAUAAUACUGAGGCCAAAGGGGCAGUUAGGGAACUUCAUCUAAAGCAUGAAACCUAGCCCCUCAGAACACCAAUUCCUAUGGAAAUACCUUCCACGUACGUUGUUUUACAUUUUCCUCUUGGUCAGAAAGGAGAGACUGAGAACUUGAAAUGCAUUGCACUUUUUUAGGAUCAAGACUAGGAAUUAUGACCCAGUUCGACAACGGCAUUCCCUGAGAGUCACAGGAGGGAAAAGCUUCUCUAUAGUCAAAGCCAGUAUUCCUAGGAAAUUGGACCCAGAACUUCUAAGCAUUAGAAGGGUACCCUUCCCUGGAGUGGGACAUGAAUAAAUAUGUCAGUGUCACAAUCCAUCAUAUUCAGAAGUAGCACUCAUUGAAAGCUUCUAGGUGCAAAGCAAAGAAUUAUUUACUAAUUGAUUUUAAAGAGAGAAAAAGUUACCCAAGGCUAGAAUGUUUACUGUUUGCUACCUAGAAGUCUUUCCCAUUCUUCUCUCGGACAUUCCAACCCAUUGGAAAUCUUUAGCGGUAUUUUAAUGUGUGCUUAAAUUAAGGUUCCUUAACAUAAAUAUGGAGAGAAAAUGUUACAUGCCAUCAAGAAAGCCUUGCCUGUGAUUGGUUUUGAAUUAUUUAUUUGGGGGAGAGGCAUAACUUUUGUAUUUUACUAGCUUUAAACCAAGAGCAGCUGAUGAUUAAAUCUUGCUAUUUAAUAAGCUUUCUAAGUUGAACAUUUGAAAAUAUUUAAUAUUAAGAGACUUCGAUUAGGAAUGUUGGCGUCAUUCAGGGAUCUAUGUCCCUGUCAUAGGCAGCUUCUCUCGGGGAAGGAAACAUAAUGCUACUCAAUGUGGAAGGAAAUCUGUGUUUUACACAGACGUGUCUCAGAAGGUCUCAUUUAGGAGGUUUGUAGCUCCCUAUUCUUGUCACCAAUACAGGAAAUCCAAAGUUUGGUUCGUCUCUCUCCCCUCUCCUCUCCUAUUGGCAACCCAUCCUUCCACCUCCUCUCUCUCCGCCCCCUCCCACGGAGGGCAGCUGUGAAAAUCGUUACAGAAUGUGUUCAUUAGCAGAUUUAUUAUUCUAUUGAGGAAGCACUGGAAUGUUUUGUGAGAUUAUUUUUAUAUGAAGGACUAGCCUGAAUUCAUACAGCUGGAAUAUUAGGAAUUCAUUAGCAUGGUGAUGGUAUCAAUGCAACAUCAGUGCACACACAGUAUUCUGAAGAAAAUUUGGUACAUUUCCCUUUUCUUAAGGAACAGUUUGGUUGACUUAAAGAUGCAGGAUACAUAAGACACAAAAAAAUGUUUUGCAGUGCUCAAGGGAAAAACGAAAACAAGACGGGACAAAAGGCGGAGGUGGCUUUCCAUCCACUGAUAAAUGGGUGAGAAGCUAUUUCUACCUCCCAAGAGUAGUAAGAAAAGUUUCCAGGGGAGCCUCUAGGUUUGAAGAGAAAGCAAGACGUCUUGGUAUCUUUCCCUCAGUGUGUACAUGACAACGAGUGUAAUUAAUACCCUAGGUUAUGUGUCUAUAUAAGAUACUCAUCUGUGAAUAGUACUUACUGGUUUUGUAAUCUUUGUUACAAUAAGAGGAUGUUUAGGCUGUACAUACUGGGAUAGAUUAUUCUCUGCCCCCGAUACAUAGGAAUAUGCUGCAUAAUUGCACAUAACUUCUAUCUCUCUUACUGGCUUGUAGGCAGAAGAAACCACAUAUGUUACUGCCUUGCAAUUUUCUCAUAUACCAAAACAACAACAACAAAAGUCUCAAGUAAAAUAAGCAAUGUCCUAUUUUCACUCCCCUUCCUACAGCAGCAUUUCUUAGAGGCACAUACAAAAUCUACAUUCUCUACUUGGGAGUGGAUUUUUUUUAAUUUUUCUUUUCUUUUUCUUGUUUUCUUUUUUUGUUGUUUUUGUUUUUUGUGUUUUUUUGCGGUUUUUUUGUAUGAUACACUGAGAUGUGUACUUUCUAGCAGAGGGUCGGUACCUAAGAAAUGUGUUAGCAUCAUUCAGAAAACUAUUAUACUCCAAAAUGAAACAUAGUAAGGAGAAUGGAAUAAUACGUUGCAUAUUUGUUACCAAGUGUAAUUUGUCUGUAUUAUGAAAGGUGUAAUGGUUUGUCAGCUGUCACUGUUGUUUUCUUGUAACAUGAUAUGGAAUAAAGUAUAGCAGAAUCUCUGUA